CCGCUUCCCAAGGGAGAUGCUGGUCGUGGCGGCGGUUGUACUUCCUCGCGGAGGCGCUGGAGUUAAAUACAGCGGUGUGGUUUCCUUGCUGCUGUGUCCCUUUGCCGGAUCGCUGCGCUGUGGGAACCACCGCUUCGUUUGGCUGUUGGCUGGGCUUUCUGCCUUUGGCCUUUGGCUUGGAGGGACUUGGAAAGUACCUGUGCUCGGGGAAUCGGGAUAGAUGCUAACAUUGACGGCCCAUCCUUGCCAGGGAAAAUAAGGAAAGAGAUGGAUGGAGGUGGAGAAGACAUUCCUUCAAAAAAAGCAAAGACAAUGUGCAAGUAUCUUGAGAAAUGGGAAAGCGAAUUUAGCUUCUUGAAGAAAAGCAGAGUGGGCCACAGUUACGCAUUCUGCACAAUUUGCAGUUGCGAAUUUAGUGUCUCCCACGGGGGAAGGAACGAUGUCACUCAGCAUACAAAAUCAGCCAAACACAAGCGCGGGGUAGAGGCACAGAAAAAUGCCCCGACGAUGUCCACAUGUGUGACUAGUAAUACCGAAGAGACUGACCAGGUCAUAAAUGCAGAGGUUAAAAUGGCCAUGCUGUGUGCCAAAAACAACGUUCCUUUCACCUUCUGCGACGACUACAACAAGUAUGUAGCUGACAUGUUCCCGGACUCUGCCAUUGCACAAAGAUAUUCUGCGGGGAGAACCAAAACUGCGCAAAUCAUAAAAGGUGCCAUAGCAGCUGAGCUAGAUGACGAGUUGGCCAAAGCAUGCCAAUCUCAGCCCUUUUCAUUGAUGUGUGACGAAUCGAACAACAGAAAAGCAGGCAAAGAAUUUGUCAUCAUGGCUAGACUCUACGAUGAGGCCAAUCUGCAGGUUGUUACCAGAUUUUUGGAGAUGUCCAUAUGCGACGUUGCAAAUGCAGAAAAUCUUUAUGAAAAGCUGAGUGAAGCAUUAAGAAAAAGAGGCAUUCCGUGGGAGAACCUGAUAGCCUUUAACUCUGAUAAUGCGAGUGUCAUGAAAGGCAAACACGACUCUGUUAUCAGCAGACUGAAGACCAGUCAGCCCCACGUUCAGGAUCUUGGCUGCAUCUGCUACCUAGUACAGCUGGCCACUGGCUGUGCCAUCAGAGCAGCACAGGUACCUGUUGAAGACAUCCUGGUCAGAAUAUACACCCACUUUGAUAAAAGUGCAAAAAGAUGUGAAAUCUCCAAGGAUUUUGUAGAUUUUACUGAUUCAGACCACCUGGAGCUGCUCAGGGACUGCAGCACCCGAUGGCUGAGUCUGUUAACCUGCAUCCAGAGAGUGUUGAACCAAUGGGAUGCACUAAAGGCCUACUUUGGCAGCCUUGAGGAAGUGGAGAAGAGUGCCAAACUACGUGAUCUAGCUGGCCAUCUGGCUGAUCCGGUCGUGAAGAUCUACUUCUUGUUCCUGGCUGCUGCCCUUAAGCCUUUUUCUGAAUUUAAUAUUGCCUUCCAGUCAGAGGAAGUGCAAAUUCACAGGCUUGAAGAGGAGAUGUGCAGGCUGAUCAAGAAGAUCCUGGGCUUCCUCAUACCAGCCAGGACCAUGAUGGAUGUACCUCUCAGGGAGGUGAAUUAUGGAGAAGGACAUCAGUUGCCUGAUGAAGACCUCUUUAUCGGAGCAGACACAAAGGCGUUCAUGAGAAGCACAGAGCUUCCUGUGUCCGCCGAGAAGAAAAUCUUCCAAACUGUGAGAAGAUUCUACGAAGCAGUGCUUCAGAAGAUGUUCUCCUACUUUCCCCUCGACAAUCCACUCCCGAGGGACUUGAAAGUGCUGGACCCUGCUGCUCGCCUUGAUGUUACUCCAGGGGCAGUGGAAAGUCUAGUGGCCCUGCUCCCUCAGUUGAGCUUGAACGAAGAUAGGCUGAGAGAGGAACUCCUUGACUACCAGCUGACAGAUACCAAGCAACUCCCCCAAGAAGAAAAAAUUGACAGAUUCUGGGGCCUGCUAGGGAAGGAUGUGAGGUUCAGGGAGCUGUCAAGAUUAAUGAAGGCGUUACUCUGUAUUCCCCACAGCAAUGCCAGUUCUGAAAGGGUGUUUAGUAUGGUGAGAGAGAUAGUUGCAGAGAAGAGGAUGGCAUUAUUAGACAACAGCACUGUUUCUGCUUUGCUUGCCUGUAAAAUCAACUACUCUGGCCCAGCCUACAAAUACACUCCUUCCAAAAGAGUGUUAAAGGCUGCAAAGCCUGCAACACAUUUGUAUAAUCAGUCCUUAAUAGAUGCCAGAGAAGAGCCAAAAGACUGAACCUAAUCAAUCCCCCAUGAAGAAUUGAAUAUUUUUAAUUGAAGAUUUUCAAUGUCUCUCUCAUAUUUUGAGAGAGCUCGGGUUGUGGAAGGGUUAACAAGACAUCCCUUGGUUUGUUGGGCGGGUCAGACUAGUUGGCCACAAGUGUGAUUGGGGGUUUGCUGUUGUUGGGGAAAUUGGUAUGUUGCAAGUUAUUUGAUUGACGGCCAUAGCCUUUUAUAUUAAUAGCAAGCAGCUUGCAGUUUCACCUUUUCUGCUUGCAAUGGAUAAUAAUAAUAAUAAUAAUAAUAAUAAUAAAUUUUUAUUUAUACCCCGCCCUCCCCAGUCAAAAACCGGGCUCAGGGCGGCUGACACCAACAGAACCACAAUAAAACAUAAAAACAAUUAAUUAAAAUACAGAUUAAAAUACAGUAUUAAAAUUUAUAGUGCAGCCUCAUUUCAAGUAGGCCAUAAGUGGCUGACACCAACAGAACCACAAUAAAACAUAAAAACAAUUAGUUAAAAUACAGAUUAAAAUACAGUAUUAAAAUUUAAAGUGCAGCCUCAUUUCAAGUAGGCCAUAAAUCCAAGCCAUGAGGGAGAAAAACACAGGGGUCAGGCUGAGUCUAACCCAAAGGCCAGGCGGAACAGCUCUGUCUUGCAGGCCCUGUGGAAAGAUGACAAAUCCCGCAGGGCCCUGGUCUCCUGGGAAAGAGCGUUCCACCAGGUUGGGGCCAGUACUGAAAAGGCCCUGGCUCUAGUAGAGGCCAAUCUAGCCAUCUUAUGACUCGGGAUCUCCAGAAUAUUAUUAUUUGUGGACCUUAAGGUCCUCCGCGGGGCAUACCAGGAGAGGCGGUCCCGUAGGUACGAGGGUCCCAAGUCGCAUAGGGCUUUAAAGGUCAAAACCAGCACCUUAAACCUGAUCCUGUACUCCACCGGAAGCCAGUGCAGCUGGUAAAGCACUGGAUGAAUGUGAUCCCGCGGCCGGGACCCUGUAAGGAGCCUCGCCGCGGCAUUCUGCACCCGCUGGAGUUUCUGGGUCAGCUUUAAGGGCAACCCUGCGUAGAGCGAGUUACAAUAGUCAAGCCUGGAGGUGAUCAUUGCAUGGAUCACUGUGGCCAGAUCGGGGCAAGAGAGAGAUGGAUGAUGCGGCGGAGAUGGAAAAAUGCCACCUUUGCUGUGGAUGCAACCUGCGCCUCCAUGGAAAGGGAGGCAUCAAAGGUUACACCCAAACUCUUGACAGAAGGCGCUGGUACCAAUUGAGCCCCUGCAAAAGAUGGGAGUUCGCCCCCCAACCCCAUGUCGCCCCGACCUAGCCAGAGGACCUCUGUCUUCGAAGGAUUUAACUUCAGUCGGCUCCCACGUAGCCAUCCAGCCACAGCUUCCAAGCACCUGGUGAGUGUGUCCGGGGCCGAGGCAGGGCAGCCGUCCAUCAACAGAUAGAUCUGGGUGUCAUCAGCAUAUUGAUGACAACCCAGCCCAAAACUCCGGACAAUCUGGGCAAGGGAGCGCAUAAAGAUAUUAAAAAGCAUUGGGGAAAG